AACUCUGUCGUUUUCGAUAUUGAAGAACUGGUCGAUUCCUUAUCAUCAAUGUCGACUCCUAUAUGUCCAUAUUUCUCAUCGACGCGAAUACUCACGCAGGACGCCGAUAUUGUUUUUUGUCCAUUCAGUUACAUAGUAGACCCGAUAAUCCGCAAUUCAUCUGAUGUUCAUCUGAAAAACAGCGUUGUGAUUUUGGAUGAGGCUCAUAACAUUGAGGAUAAUUGUCGGGAAGCGGCUAGCUUCACUUUUUUUGAAAAAGAGGUUUCAGAUUCAUUGGGUAGCCUGAGGGAGAAAGAAAAUAUAACUAUGAAGCUGUUGGAGAAGUGCACUAGCGCUGCCGAAUUAAUGGAAGGCAUGGAGAAGGUGUCCGAAAAUUUCUCCAUAGAGAACUACACAAUAGAUUUGGAUAGGAUUACAUCGCUCGCUCUUCUCAUGGACGACAUCUCUAAGUGGUUUCGGGACACAGCUUCCAAACUCCUCACCAGUGCUAGAGUUGACGGUUCUGGAAAACUUUCAAAUACAGUGUGGGAAGUUGAUUUGAGACGCUUUCAUUUGCAUCCAGAGGAUCUUCGAUACGAAAAGGCUGAGGCUGCAUAUAAAGGACUGCUUUCGAGCUAUCAGGAGAGACAAGAUAGUCGCCCUCCUGAUAACAAAAUCAGCUCAACGGCUAUUGUAUGUUUGGAAAAAUGGUUUUAUUUCAUUGAAUACUUCAAAGAUGAAACUAAAAGAAGCAUGUACAAAUUGAAUGUAUGCAGCGAGAAGGUGUAUCAGUACCACGAACGCGGAUCCUUUUUUCAAGGCGAAGGCCGCCGAGGUGGUCAAGCUGGUCCCAAAAACGUUAAUUACAGCCAGAUAAGUGGUGAUGAAACAGACGUGUGGCUUUCUUCCACACAAGAAGCCUCCAGUCAUGAUCUCAUUCGUGCUGGUUAUCGCACUUCUUUAAGUCUUUGGUGUAUGUCACCAGAGUUGGCUUUCAUCAGUGCUUUCGCUGAAUGUCGUUCUGUGAUUUUGGCAUCUGGCACGCUCUGUCCAGUGGAAACGUUAAAAACGGAGUUGGGGCUAAAGUUCCAUUCGCAGGUUCUUCAAAUUCCAACCGUAUUCUCUACUUAUCAUGAUCAAAAUUGCUUUAGAUGGAAGGAGAACAAGUAA